AUGUGUCCUCCAGCGAUGACACCACUCCGACCGCUCCGCCCACGUCCGAUGACUGAUGGGGACAAUGAACCCCCAAAACAAGAUGUGGUUCAGCCUCCAGUUCGCGCCCGCCAGCCCUCACGCCAGCGCAAGACGAACAGCGCUUGCGAUCCCUGUCGGAAAAGGAAGAUAAAAUGCGACGGAAGACUCCCCAAGUGUCGCAUCUGCGAGCACAGGGGCGACAGCUGUGCGUAUACCUAUAGCAUUAGACACACUGUAACAGUUACCGAGGGAGAAAAUGCUUCACACAGCAGCUCCACGGACAAAGAACUGCUCGACUCGAUACGAACGUUGCCCGAGGACCAAGCUUUGGAGCUAUUGAAAAAGAUACGACACACAUCUGAAAGCUCGCCGAUCUCGUCGUCAAAUCCAUUAGAGCAAACCUUGGCACAGAAUUCACAGCCGCCAAGCCAGAGCAACCUCGAGUCCGAAUUCGCACUACAACAUCCUCAAGCAUAUCCCGAAUUAUCGCCCUCGUUGCUCCCAAGCAUGUCGCCAACGGCUGUUCUGAAUGCUGCUACUACGCCUCAGUUGCUGCCACCAAGACAAGAAGGGAGUCCAGACCGCCCUGCACAUGAAGACAGUAGCAAUGCCGAUGUAGGAGUGCCGCCUGAUACCUCUAGAGAAGCGAUCGAAUAUGACUCGUUAUUCGACAAUCGUCUACGGACUAUCGAAGUUUCGCACUGGACGCCAGUCCUGAUUCCAAACGAUCUUGCCGCCCGCUGUAUCAGUCAUUAUCUUGAAGUAGAUCAUGCGGUAUUCCCUCUGUUCGACACCAAUCUGUUCAUUAACGACCUUAUCGAAGUUAAGCCAUACUUUUGUUCGACAUUUCUUGUCAACGCAUUGUUGUGCUGGGCAUCUAAAUCCUACACACCUCUAGAUGCCGAUGCUUCAAACUGGACUCUCCCACUCUUCGACCAAGCUCAGAAAGACGCUGCCGAUCUUUCGCUUCCAAAUACGCUAACAACGAUGGCUGCCUUACAGCUACUCAACAUGACCGCCUCCGCAUAUAACAAGCACGACCUAAGCUUUCAACUAACCCAGGAAAGUCUAACGUUGGGGAGGUUAAUGGGUCUCUUCAACGUCCGCACCGAAGAGGAAUCAGCCCGAUCGUGGUUGGAGGAUCAUAAUGACUGGAUUAGAGCUGCGUCAUAUACGUCUUGGGGGGUUUUUAACUGGGUUUCGUUAGUAACCUCUGGCGCGGGCAGCGAGUUUGCAUUACCAUUGUUCCAUGUGCACUUGCUAACUGUCACCGAGCGAAACAGGUUGCUAUCCCUUCAGCGCCCAACGUUGCAGAUUGAAGUGCCGCCUCUGCUCCCGAGGCCUCGGGACUUUGUCCCGGAGCCCACCAGGAACGACACAGAGUUAGCUAAAGCUGCUUGCUACGCAUAUGUGUUCAGUGCUUCGCGGGAUAUGUGGCUUUCACUCAAGAACGUCAUCCAGAAGCAUUAUGAAUCGGAUAGCACGGCUUUGGUACAGCAUAUAUCACAUGAUUUUGUCGAGGAGAUCUAUUCCCGCCUCCUGAGUUGGACGGACCAGUUGGAAACUGAAGUCAUACUGGAGGAAGAAAGUAUCCAAGACGCGGCAGCCAUCCAUGAGCCAGCAUCCACUUCUUCGCAGUCUUCGCAGUCUUCUCUAGCCUUAUCCGUCCCUUCGUCGCCUUUCCCUUCCGUAUCUUCCGAUGCCGAUCAUUCUUCAGUUCCCUUGUCAAACCUAAGGCGGUCUGCGACACCUAGAUAA